AUGAAAUUACUCGAAAAUUCUAAAUUGGAAGCUAUUAGUUCGACACUUUCUAUUCAUACACCAGUUUGUGACAUCACAACUCGUGUGGAAAGUUAUUCAUGUAAAAUGGCCGGUGACUCAAAAAAAUUAUAUAAACAAUUAAGAAAUGAACCCGGUACAUCACCGCAUGAUUUGGAAAUUCUUGGGCCAUCUCAAACACAAUCUCCAACAUAUAAUUCAAGUUUCUUAAUAACACCACCACCACAAAUUUUACAUGCUCAUCCAAUAGCAAGAUCUAUGUCAAGUGAUGAUGAAUCAACAAUAGCUAAAACUAUCCCACGAAAAACACUUAUUUUUCUAAUAUCAACAUUAAAUGCAGCAUUUGAACCUGAUUAUGAAUUUAGUUCUUGCACAAGUCAUGAUUUUAGCCGUGAGACAAACUUUGAACUGUUGAAAACUGAAAUCGACACUCGAUUUCUUUCAAGUAUAGGUGAUCAUUAUCGAUCAUUGUCAUCGGAAUUAUGGUCAACAGUUGAUGAAGAAAUAAAUGUAAAAGAAAGUGAAAUAUUUAGUUAUUGUCCCGAUGGUACAUCUGAUCCAUUUUCUGAAAGUGGAAUUAUUUGGUCAUUCAAUUUCUUUUUCUAUAAUCGAAAGCUCCGUCGAAUUCUUUAUCUAACAUGUCGUGCCGAUUCGAAGACAUCAACAAAUGAGGCCGACAAUGAUGAUGAACGUUUAGAAACUAAUAAUUACUUAACAUUUGACGAUGUUAUGGAUUGA